AUGCCCGGCCUGCGGCGGCGGCGGCGGGCGGCGACUCUCAGCACCUCCCAGUUACUGGCGCCGGCGCUCCCGGGCCAUCUCCCUCCGUCGACACCACGCUCACUCUCAGCCGGGGCAGCGGCGCCAACUACACGGCGGCAGCGCGAACCGGGGGGAGGGGGGCAAGACGACGCGUCCGGCUCAGCCCCGCGGAGAGCGACUGUCUCCUCCGCCUUCUCCUCCUCCUGCUCCGCCGCCUCCUUCCCUCCUCCCCCCGCCGCCGCCGCCGCCGCUGCUGCCGCCGCCUGGUCCUUCUCCUCCUCCUCCUCCCGCCGCCGCCGCCGCCGCUGGUGCCGCCGCUGCCGCUCCACCAACUACAUCCGGGCAACUCGGACGCUGCCGCCUUCGGGAAACCUCGGCAGUUUCCGCCGCGCCCCUCCUCUCCUACCCUCGGCCUUCCUCCCCGCCCCGCGCGGGUCCGGAACGCCGCCCUCUGCAAACCUCGGCUGGCUCCGGCCUCUGUCCUCCUCUGAGGCCUGGCUCUCCUCCUCGCGACCCGUCAGCGCUUUCCUUCUUUUCCUCACUCGCGAGUCCGGCCACCGCCGUUCCUCUUUAGGGAUAGUCUCGCUCGGGCGCCUGCUCGAGGCUGAUCCCAGGGGCUCCGGGCUGCGCGGGGAGGGAGCCGCCUUCCGGAAGAGGACGGUGGGGCGCGAGGGAAGCCAUCGCGGACUAAAUAAGGGAGGCUGCGGCGGCUGCGCGUGCGCCCAGAGGCGCCGCGGGAGGGGGUGUUCUGCGAGCUCUCCGGCCGCUGCCCCCGCCCCUGCGCUCUUGGGCGGGGAGGUCGGAAACCCCCUGGCGAGACCACGGGCGGACGCUUCCCGAAGAGCUGCCUGGGCUGCAGCCGCGGAAGCCUCGCUCUAGGAAGCGGGGAGCGUGCUGCGGCGCCCUCUGGCCGCUGCUGGAAGCCGGAACCUAGCCCGAGCCGCUGCCCCUCACCGGACGCUGCGCGCGCCACCGGCCCUCCGCGGGCCAGGGGCUGCUUUGAGCUCGCCGGGCGCCCUUUGGCCGUCCCAAAUGCCACCUGUAUCUAGGAAGCUUUCGUCCUUGACCAAAUCCUGGAGCACUAUGCAACUUUCCCAGCCCCAGUAUAGAAGCAGCAGUAUUAAUUCGCAGGGUGAACACAAAUGAAUCAGUGAAUACAAUGAUCUUCUACUUUGGUUUCUUA